CAUGCAUUCAGUGUGUGCACACGACAUACGUCCGUCCGUCCGUACACGUAUGUGCCGUGCCUUCAUUUUAACACCCCCACCCAAAACACACUAGCUACUAGCAGAAACGACGCGGGUUCGAAUGGUCGAAGGCUGUACUUUGGUGACAACCAUACGAAAGUGGAAGGGUCACUACAUAGCAAUUUCUACGGUUCACAACUGAUGAAAGUUUGCUAGCAACAUGUACACCCACAAGUUACAACAGCGUGUUUUAUACAAGGAAUGUUUCAUCUGGAAUCAUUGCACAGUAAAACAACAUGAUUUGUGAUUUGCACACAUAAACUAAGUAUAAAUCAUAAACUGUUCUAACCAAUGGACAGCUAGCACAAAAAAAGCACUGUACAUACACAAGUAGACGGUUGACAGUGGUUGAGCAAUUCUAACUAAACUGUUUGGUAGACGGAUAUUGUGUACGAUGGACAAAACCAGCAGCAGUCCCACAGCGCUGUUUGGAACAGAGUCCCACCAGCUGAAACUUGGGAGAAGUUUUGACAGGGACAGACACAGGGCUUUUCACACAGUACGAUAUGAUUUUAAACCAGCAUCGAUAGACCAUACAAAAGAAGCAUUACUAGAGGUCGGUGAAGGUCACGAGGUCAACAUCACGCUACCGAACGUAGAGAGUAAAGGUACUGCAUAUACUAAGUUCAAAGGUUCUAAGAGGCCUCUACAGAAGGACUGUGUACUGAUAUAUGACCACAGGACUGGGGAGUUCACAUUGGAACGACUGACCUGUAAUAUGCAGGUCAAGAAACAAAGGGAAGAAGGCACCAGUAAAGCCCAGCUCUCCAGCCGGCCAUUAUCUAGCCUAGAUCCAAGUAACCUCAGGAACUCACCUAACUUCUUGGGAUCGACAAGCUCCAAAGGCAAGAAGGGUGAACUAUCCACCAUGAGUUCGGCACUCACAACUCCGGACACAGAGCAAGGAGGUGAGAUCUCCCCCCUGCAGCCCUCACCCCUAGCCCCUUCCCCUCACACCCCACCAUCCCAUCAUGUUUCAUCCAACCAUGAGGACACAGACUCGUCUGGUAGCUACUUCACCGAUAGUGAGAGUGAGGAUAACGCUCCUAGUCAGAAGAGUAGUGGGACUGGGAGUAGCUCCAGCGAUGACGAAGAUGGUCAAGAAAUGAGUAGUCAGAUGAUGAAGAAUGGAACGCUCACUUCUACUCACUCCCACCAUGGAAAGUCCAGGAGUCCACCCAUGUCAAAGCUUCUCUCUGUUCAUCAGGACAAUGCACAGUAUAUCCGCAGUCAACUCAGUCGAGAUCUACAGCUGAGUGAGUCGGAUUCAGACAGUGACUAACACAACAAUGUGGAUAGAGACCUUAGCAAGCUGAAAACUCACUUUGGAUGGGUAUUUAUGCAGUCAGUUAUGUUACUAACUCUAACAUCAAAUGAUUUUGAGAUGAACAGUGCUACAAUUAAAUGCCAGCGAUGAUUAUAAACAUGCGCAGAUUUUCCCGAACAGUUAAACAGAGGAUUUUUGGGGGUUGUGUGUGUUUGUGGGUGGUUUAUAUCGCAAGGUGUCAAGUUGAGAAAAGUCAUCAGACGGGUGUUGCUUAACUCGAUGUAUUGUUUUAAGCAGGAGCUUGGGAAUUUCUAGCUAGCUAGGACAAAUAAGGGUGGAAGGGGCUGGAAGCAACAAAUAAAUUCAAACUUUAUCGGGGAUAUUUUUUUGAAACUCCAAUUCCAGACCUUCAUUGCUUUUUCUUACAUAAUCAGAAUUGCGAUAGACUGAAUGGCUGUUGCAAUUGUUUUAAGUGUUCUCAGAACCGAAGUGAGCUUAAAGGGUUUGUGUACUUUUUGUAAGACACUAAACACAAACAUCAACAUAUUUACAUUCAAAUUACAUGGUUCAUAGAUAUGACAGAAAAUCUGCUUAGAUUUAGCGAUGUUUAAGCUUAGCACUGUUAAAGCUUAUCAUCAUUGACAGUUAUAAAAAAAUCAGUUCAAAUUAUUGCUAUGUUCAGUACUUUCCAUUUUGUUUCCUUUAAUACAUUUCUUGUGUAAAUACUCAACCUGUGAAAGUUUCAGAAUACUCAACCUGUGAAAGAUUGCAGCACAUGUUUUUGUUGAAUAUACUGGGGUGAGAAACUUCAGACUUCUAUCUGAACUCAACCUUGUUUAUGUCUGCCUGGCGAGAAAAAAAGUAGUUGAUAAUUUUCUUUAAAUACAAAUGUUUAUUGAUAUUAAAAUAAAUUUUAACCUAAUAACAACCCCACAACUUUACUCUUAAAAUUAAUUUAUUUGGUAAAAUUGGCCCAAACAAGGGUAGUGCAUCUUUAACAAAAUACUUCAUAAUUGGCAAAUUGUCAACUUUCACCUCUGUCAAUGCCUUGGGAACUACUAGUCUGUUCAAUCGUGCUGAGUCUUCCAUGGAUCAACAAAUGCCCUCCUCUUGUCAUUGACUUGUAAAAAUGCCUUGCAAGCCGUGUUUAAAUCUAUGGUUGCUGCCAGUUGAAAGCAACAUAGUUGAGUAUUUUCUGUAAUAUUGUGGAUCUUACAGUGUAGGUAUGUUUUUAGAGGAUGUAGCGCAGAGAAACUUUGUUCAGACGUAGCAUUGGACAUGAAAACUGUGAAAUAUAAGCGUACUAACAUGUGAAUUUCUGAAAGCAGUGUUCUGGUAGUAGCAUUUAGUUGCAAGAUUUGUGCAAUUGUUGAAACCUGUGUGAUUUGUUGGAGUUGCAGCCGACUAUAGUCAACCGAUUCCCAAACACGCAGCAGCCCCUCAGUCCACUUACCUAGUAGACGGGACGCGUAUAAUAUCACACAGUGCAGUCAGAGUGUGGCAAGAACAAUCAGUAUUACUUGAUUAUCAGUCCAGCCCCUCAUCACUCUGCCCGUCGCCGCUUUUAUAGCAUUUGGCCACGUGCACACGUGAUUGCGCUAACCAAUAGCACGCGCUAUGCGGAGUCACUGCUUUUGGGAUUGUUCCAUUCCUCGCACAGGGGCGUUCUACCUCUGUUGCACUAUGCGGAGUCACUGCUUUUGGGAUCGUUCCAUUCCUCGCACAGGGGCGUUCUACCUCUGUUGCGCCACAAAGCGUUCUGACAGGCCUGGAAUGACCCCAUCCAGAUAAGCCGAUAUAUAUUUUAUUAAAAGCAACAGAGUACACAAAAAUAAUCCAACCUUUUUUCUUUAAUACAGGUACGAAAAUAAUACUUACUCUUUAAAUGCUUAAAGAAAAGUAAAACAGCCUCCUCUUUUAUCAAAACUUUACUUUAAAGAACCCUUAUCAAAACUAUACUUUAAAGAACUGUUAUCAAAACUAUAAAUUUCAGGAAGAAUUUCUUUGGCAAUUAAAUAUUCACACACUGAUUAAUAAACUGAUUAGUUACGCGAACGCAAAGACGGUGGAGAACAUCCUUCAAAGGUUCCUAGGUGGCGACUGCGGCUUGCGUGGUCCCACGUUGUUCUGCUGUUGCACUUUCAUGGUUUCCAGAGCUGUCAUGCAGUCUACCAGCACGUCCUGAUAGUACGUACGCUGCCUGGUCUCUUCAUGAAUCAUCACUCCUCUUACAUACGUUAGGGUCUUACUAUGUUCCACGAUGGUGGCCACCUCUGGGCACUGGGGGCGAAGACGCCGGAUGCGGAUGUACUGUUGGUCGGGGCCACUAUUCCCUGAUGGGCCGGAUGGCGGGGUGGUCUUUGGGGCGAUGGGGCGCACUGCCGUUACCGGGGCUCUCACUGGAGAAAAGCGGGGCUGCGAAGUCACCGAUGCCUUGGGGGACGCAGAGCGUGGCCAAGACGCUUCCGGGGCCUUGACGGACGAAGAAGAAGGAGGUUGUGGCUCCUCUUUCGUGGCUUCUACUUGGACCUCCAUCUGCUCUUCGUCUCCCUUAACUCCUCUAUCUAGGCAAGGCAGCGAUGAAACGAUGCUGAGGGCAUCGUCAUCCCAUUCCUCCUCAUCUAAGGAGAUGGGUGGAGUGGCGACACAGCCAGUGGCAUUUUCUAGCGCAGCUGUUGGAGGAAAGGCUUCUUAACCAGCUCGGCCUCCUGAUUCACUUCAUCAGCAGGUGGAUCUUCGUUGCUCUUGACAAAUCUCCGUGCCUCGCGGGGCUUGGCGAUGUCUUGUCCGGGCUCCUCCCUCACCAGGGGUUUCGCUUUAAUCUCCGUGACCUCGUAUACCUUCUCUGAGUGGUCCGUCUUUAAUAAUGGCGCCUCAGAUUAUCUCUUCUUUUAUCCGCCCUCAAUCGGCUCAACACGGACAGGUCCGUCCAAUUCUUCACAUUGUCCUACCUGCAUUUGUCUCUGUUUUAAUAAAACAUAAGUAAAUAAAUGGUUUAUUAAGUUUCUGUUGCCCUGGCAAAACAUUGUACACAUGAUGGCACAGUUUUUUAAUUCUUGUUUGGCAAUCUGGUAGAAGAAGGUGAAGAGCCCCGCCAUCUUGCUGCCAUCAUUUCUGUCUCUCUGUCAUCUACUGCGCCAUCGUGGAAAAACACGAGCCGAUUGAUGCUCAGUAAACAACUGGUUUAUUUAGUUUUUGUUGCCCUGAAUAAGUCUGGCAAAAUAAUGCAUGCAGCCUCUGUGCACGUAGAAUAUUUUAUCUUAUAUAUUUGGAAAUUUAAAAGAUGUAAAAUACCUCCACUUUGGGAAAAAUACCCACAUUGCAUGCACUUUUCAGGUGUUUCGUGCAUAUUUGUUAAUGAAAAAGUGAUGGAUUUUAUCGAUGAAGCUAUAAAAUGAAAUAUUUCUGGGAAGAUCUACGCUUUUUGUCAACAAAUAUUGUACACAUUCCUAUAAUCAGAAGUAGAGGCUUGAAAGUAUUUGCCAAGUUUUUCUUGACUUCUUACUAGUUGGUAAUACUUAGAGUAGUCCUCCUCCGUGCUGCAUCAGUCCAUGCAGGAAGUUUGUACUUACAAUUCUUGGUUGCUCGGAUUAGCCUGACGAUGAUGCCUUCCAAAUUCUUCUCCUUAUCUUUGAAUGGCAUUGGUUUGUGUUUUGGACAACAUUUUUUAUUUGUUUGACACGAAUGAAGCGUGCUCAGAUUGGCUGAUUAAAUUUGUUGGUUACCAGUGCGGUUUGAUCUGUGUUACCAUGGAAUGGCUGUAGCAUUGCAUAUAGAACAAGAAGUUGAUACAGUGACAAAUAUUUUCUAGAAGAUCUGUUUUCUUUUCAUAUUUGUAAAUUUGACAUUGUAAUCAUAAUUAAAGGCUUGACAUUGUUUGUCAAGUUCUUUAAUUCUUAGUAGUUGGUAUUACUUUGAGAUUAGUCCUUCGUUCUCCCAUCCCCAGUCCAUGUCGUAACAGGUGGUCGUAUCGUACAGCAUGCUCUCCUGGUCAGAGUCCAAAAGGGAGUUGUCAUCGGGCAAUCCAUGGCUGACUUUGACCAAUUCUUGUCCCUGGCUGACAUGGCCAAUUCUUGACCCUGGCUGACAUGGCAAACUCUUGUCCCUGGCUAACGUGGCCAAUCCUUGUCCCUGCAUGACGUGGCCAAUUCUUUACCCUGGCAGAUGUGGCCGAUCCUUGACCCUGGCUGACGUGACAGAUCCUUGUCCCUGGCUGACCUGGCUGAUUCUUGACCCUGGCUGACUUCGGCCAAUUUUUGUCCCUGGCUAACGUGGCCAAUCCUUGUCCCUGCAUGACGUGGCCAAUUCUUUACCCUGGCAGAUGUGGCCGAUCCUUGACCCUGGCUGACGUGACAGAUCCUUGUCAUUGGCUGACCUGGCUGAUUCUUGACCCUGGCUGACUUUGGCCAAUUCUUGACCCUGGCUGACGUGGCCAAUCCUUGUCCCUGGCUGGUCUCCAAUGCUGACUAUUAAAACGCCACUCGCUCUCAGGUUUUAAUUGUAUAUUCGAAGGAUUGUACCCUUUCAGAGGCAAAACGGCUAUUGUGUCUUUGUCAAGAAAAUUUAGGCGGUUUACCAGAUUUCCCGCAUUGUUUGGCAUUCUAUUUUAAACAUGCUUUCCUGGUCAGAGUCAAAAAUGGAGCUGUCCUAAGUCGGUUAUGACACCUGAAUUUGAAAUUUCUGUACUCCUUGAAGCACUCACCGACGACAUUGCAAUAAAGUAAGCUGGCCUAGUCAUGAAAACAUUUGAUAAAAAAGUCAGAGUUUGUCACAGGGAUUGAUAGGCUAAUACAAUCAUCAACUCGUUUCGUUUUAUAUUUUCCUUAAGAUUGCUAUAUCUUUACUGAUUUCUUUACUGAUUUCUUAAUAUAAAAGAGCAAACAUGUGAACUGAACUAAUUUUUCUGUAGUUAUAAGUGUAAGAAGGGGGUGGGGGUCAAGUUCCUUGUACUGACGAGUAGUGUUUGGGGGGGGGGUCCGAAGCGAAAGCAAGAUUAGUUGAAAUGGUUGAAGUUCUAUAAUGGCACCCAAGUUUUGCUUCCUCUGUGCUCUUGGUUAAUCUUUUGUUGCAAUUGAAGUGACCUAACCUGCAUUUGUCUCUGUUUUAAUAAAACAUAGAGUCCUCCAAUAGGUAAAUAAAUGGUUUAUUAAGUUUCUGUUGCUCUAUCAAAACAUUGUAAACAUGAUGGCACAGUUUUUUAAUUCUUGUUUGGCAAUCUGGUAGAAGAAGGUGAAGAGCCCCGCCAUCUUGCUGCCAUCAUUUCUGUCUCUCUGUCAUCUACUGCGCCAUCGUGGAAAAACACGAGCCAAUUGAUGCUCAGUAAACAAAUGGUUUAUUUAGUUUUUGUUGCCCUGAAUAAGUCUGGCAAAAUAAUGCAUGCAGCCUCUGUGCACGUAGAAUAUUUUAUCUUAUAUAUUUGGAAAUUUAAAAGAUGUAAAAUACCUCCAUUUCGGGAAAAAUACCCACAUUGCAUGCACUUUUCAGGUGUUUCGUGCAUAUUUGUUAAUGAAAAAGUGAUGGAUUUUAUCGAUGAAGCUAUAAAAUGAAAUAUUUCUGGGAAGAUCUACGCUCUUUGUCAACAAAUAUUGUACACAUUCCUAUAAUCAGAAGUAGAGGCUUGAAAGUAUUUGUCAAGUUUUUCUUGACUUCUUACUAGUUGGUAAUACUUAGAGUAGUCCUCCUCCGUGCUGCAUCAGUCCAUGCAGGAAGUUUGUACUUACAAUUCUUGAUUGCUCGGAUUAGCCUGACGAUGAUGCCUUCCAAAUUCUUCUCCUUAUCGUUGAAUGGCAUUGGUUUGUGUUUUGGACAACAUUUUUUAUUUGUUUGACACGAAUGAAGCGUGCUCAGAUUGGCUGAUUAAAUUUGUUGGUUACCAGUGCGGUUUGAUCUGUGUUACCAUGGAAUGGCUGUAGCAUUGCAUAUAGAACAAGAAGUUGAUACAGUGACAAAUAUUUUCUAGAAGAUCUGUUUUCUUUUCAUAUUUGUAAAUUUGACAUUGUAAUCAUAAUUAAAGGCUUGACAUUGUUUGUCAAGUUCUUUAAUUCUUAGUAGUUGGUAUUACUUUGAGAUUAGUCCUUCGUUCUCCCAUCCCCAGUCCAUGUCAUAACAGGUGGUCGUAUCGUACAGCAUGCUCUCCUGGUCAGAGUCCAAAAGGGAGUUGUCAUCGGGCAAUCCAUGGCUGACUUUGACCAAUUCUUGACCCUGGCUGACAUGGCCAAUUCUUGACCCUGGCUGACAUGGCAAAUUCUUGUCCCUGGCUAACGUGGCCAAUCCUUGUCCCUGCAUGACGUGGCCAAUUCUUUACCCUGGCAGAUUUGGCCAAUCCUUGACCCUGGCUGACGUGACAGAUCCUUGUCAUUGGCUGACCUGGCUGAUUCUUGACCCUGGCUGACUUUGGCCAAUUCUUGACCCUGGCUGACGUGGCCAAUCCUUGUCCCUGGCUGGUCUCCAAUGCUGACUAUUAAAACGCCACUCGCUCUCGGGUUUUAAUUGUAUAUUCGAAGGAUUGUACCCUUUCAGAGGCAAAACGGCUAUUGUGUCUUUGUCAAGCAAAUUUAGGCGGUUAACCAGAUUUCCCGCAUUGUUUGGCAUUCUAUUUAAAACAUGCUUUCCUGGUCAGAGUCAAAAAUGGAGCUGUCCUAAGUCGGUUAUGACACCUGAAUUUGAAAUUUCUGUACUCCUUGAAGCACUCACUGACGACAUUGCAAUAAAGUAAGCUGGCCUAGUCAUGAAAACAUUUGAUAAAAAAGUCAGAGUUUGUCACAGCGAUUGAUAGGCUAAUACAAUCAUCAACUCGUUUCGUUUUAUAUUUUCCUUAAGAUUGCUAUAUCUUUACUGAUUUCUUUACUGAUUUCUUAAUAUAAAAGAGCAGACACGUGAACUGAACUAAUUUUUCUGUAGUUAUAAGUGUAAGAAGGGGGUGGGGGUCAAGUUCCUUGUACUGACGAGUAGU